AUGAGAACUCUGCUGCUACCUCGGGCGCUCUCUGUGCUUUCGCUGCUGGUCUUAGGCUCAGGCCAUUAUGCAGCUGCCUCGGAGCUCAAUGACACCAGCUCUAGGAACGGAGAAGCCCUUUCCGGGGACCACAGUGCCGGUGGAGUUGCGGUUUCUGUGGGAAGUGAGGUUUCGACCAUAAGCGAAAUGCCUUCUGGCAGUGAACUCUCCACAGGGGACUAUGACUACCCGGAGGAGUAUGAGAACGAACCACAAAUAUCCGGCUACAUUAUAGAUGAUUCAGUCAGAGUUGAACAGGUGAUUAAGCCCAAGAAAACCAAGACAGAAGGAGAGAAGUCUACAGAAAAACCCAAGAAAAAGAAAAAGGGGGGCAAAAGUGGGAAAGGCAGAAGAAAUAAGAAGAAGAAAAGGAAUCCAUGUGCUACCGAGUUUCAGAACUUCUGCAUCCAUGGCGAAUGCCAGUACAUCGAGAACCUGGAGGUGGUGACAUGCAAAUGUGAUUAUGAGUACUUCGGUGAACGGUGUGGAGAAAAAUCCAUGAAGACUCACAGUGAGGAUGACAACGACCUCUCCAGGAUUGCAGUGGUAGCUGUAAUCAUCUUUGCCUCUGUAGUAAUCCUCACAGCUAUUGGUGUCCUUGUCACAGUGCAGCUUCAGAAACGAUGCUUCAGGGACUAUGAAGGAGAAGCGGAAGAAAGAAGGAGGCUCCGACAAGAAAAUGGGAAUGCGCAUGUCGUAGCCUAG